AUGCCUUCUAUCUCCGGCCAGAAGAUCCUCAUCCUCGGCGGCACCUCUGGCAUUGGCUUUGCCGUGGCCAACCUGGCGCUGGCCGAACAAGUCGCCGUGACGGUUGCCUCGUCCAGCAGCGAGAAAGUCGCCCACGCCGUGGAUCGCCUGCGCGCCUCCUUCGCCGACGGCCACGUCGCAGGCCAGACGAUCGAUCUCGCGUCCGACGACGAGCUGGAAGCCCGUCUCAAGCAGCUUCUCGACGAUAUCACCGACGGCGGCAGCAACCCCCUCGACCACAUCGUCACCACCGCCGGCAACGCGUCCCCCCAGAAGACCAGCGAGAUCACCCAGGCCAUCAUCCGGGGCGACGGCAAGGUCCCUGUCACUGCCGUCGCGCUUCUACUGGGCAAACUGGCCCCGAAAUACCUCAAACAGCACUACACUUCUUCCCUGAUCUUCACGUCGGGACAGGUCGCUCAUAAACCCAUCCCGGACUGGACGGUGGCGUCGGCAUACGCCGCCGGUCUGUUUGGCAUCACCCGUGGGCUGGCGCUGGAACUGAAGCCGCUGCGAGUCAACCUCGUCAGUCCGGGACCGACCGAUACAGAGGCCUGGGGACCUAUCCGCGACCAGAUGCGGCAGUUUGUCGCGUCGAGUGCCCUCCUGGGCAAACCGGGAAGUCCGGAGGAGGUCGCCGAGGCGUAUAUUUACCUGAUGAAGAAUGGUGAUGCGACGGGCAGCAACGUGGAUUCUAAUGGGGGGUCUCUUUUGAGAUGA